AAAGCAAGAUAAAGUGGGUCUAUUCUCUGUCUACAGAGCAGCUGUCCAGAGACAACGUUGCCGUGUAAAUCAGGAGGGAAAUGGUAACAGUGAGUGGGGUGCUGGUAUUUUUUGUGGUGUCUCUGCUGAUUAUACAGUUCCUGAAACUGCAAUGGAUGCGAAGACGACUUCCCCCUGGACCAACUCCAUACCCCUUCUUUGGAAACCUGUUCCAGAUGAACUUCAGAAUUCAUCACGAGAACCUUAAAAAAAUGGCCAAAAUUUAUGGUAAUAUCUUCACCCUAUGGGUUCCACAAGGUCCUGUAGUUGUCCUACAAGGGUUUCAGGCAGUGAAGGAAGGUCUGACUGUUCAUGCUGAAGAUGUUGCUGGAAGGCCCACAGGAGGCUUCUUUCACUUUCUGUCACAUGGAAAUGGUGUUAUGUUCUCUAAUGGCCAUCUCUGGAAGCAGCAGAGGCGUUUUGGACUUGCAACAAUGAGGAAAAUGGGAGUAGGGAAGAAAACCCAGGAGUAUCAGCUACAAGAGGAGGCCUGUCAUUUGGUGGAAUAUUUACAGAAAACCAAUGGAAAACCUCUGGACCCCACUAUGCCUGUUGUUCAUGCUGUCGCAAAUGUGAUUUGUUCUGUGAUUUUCGGACAUUGCUUCUCCAGAGAUGAUGAAAAUUUCCACCGCUUGAUUGAAUCCAUCGAUGCCAUAACAGCAUUUGGGAACAGCAUCACUUUUUUUGUAUAUGAACUGUUUCCCUGGCUUACAAGUCAUUUCCUAGCAGCAUAUAAAGAGGUUAAGUCCAAAACAGAUUUUGUGAAAGCUCUAUUAGCAAAGGAAGUUGAAAGCCACAAAGAAAAAAGAAAAGCAGACGAAAAUCGAGAUUUCAUCGAUUACUAUUUGGCUGAGAUAGAUAAAACUAAAGGAGAUGCUGAAUCUACUUACGAUGAAGAAAAUUUGAUCCAGACUAUUUUUGACCUCUUUAUAGCAGGUACAGAAACUACAGCCACCACUUUACGUUGGGCAUUGCUCUUUAUGGCGAUUUAUCCUGACAUUCAAGAGAAAGUUCAGAAGGAGCUGGAUGCUGUUCUUGGUUGUUCCCAUGUAUUUUGCUAUGAGGACAGAAAGAAGUUGCCCUAUACAAACGCUGUAGUUCACGAGAUCCAGCGAUACAGUAAUAUAAUCUUAAUUGCACUUCCCAGACUGAGUCUGAAGGACACGGAGCUGCUGGGAUAUCAUGUUCCAAAGAACACCGUAAUUCUUGCAAAUAUAGACUCUGUUCUGUCUGAUCCUGGAAAAUGGGAGACACCUGAUCAGUUCAACCCAGGCCACUUUCUGGAUAAAGAUGGAAACUUUGUAAACAGAGAAGCAUUCUUACCAUUCGCAAUAGGGCAGCGUGUGUGCAUGGGGGAACUGUUGGCAAGGAUGGAGCUCUUUAUUGUCUUUUCCACGCUGCUACAGGCAUUCACGUUCACCCUUCCAGAAGGAGUGAAGGAAGUCAACACCAAGUUUGUUUUUGGGAGCACGAUGAAGCCACCUCCCUACCAGAUCUGUGCUAUUCCUCGGUAGGAAAUGGUAGAUGCAGGGAAGAGUUAUUCUGUAAGAUUACUUCUGUAUGUGAAUUCCUUUUUCCACAUCUUCAGAUUUUUCUUUCCUCUUCAUUUAGUUAAUCGCUACCCUGAAAAAUGUUUUUCAGAUAGUUGCAU